AUCCAAGGAGUUCCAACAUCCAAUCAAACUCCAACCCGGAUCCGACCCGACAGCAUCAGACGACUCGUCCUCCACGAUCCCGUUUCUCCAAUUUCAAUUCCGCAAGAGCGAGAGAGACAAGAGAGAGAGAGAGAAGGAAGAUCCAGACGAAGUUGUUCGUUUCCGGGAAGAGAGAAAGAGAGAGAGAGAGAGAGAGACUUAACGAACGAUGUCGCUGAGGCCGAGCACACGCGCGGAGCUGAGGAAGAAGAUAUACAAGACAGGGGUCGAUGCCGAUGAGGCGAGGCGGAGGAGAGAGGACAAUCUCGUCGAGAUUAGGAAAAACAAGCGUGAGGACAGUCUCCUCAAGAAGCGCCGCGAAGGAAUGAUGCUCCAGCACCAGCAGCCUCUCGGCGGAGUUGGCCUCGACGGUCCCCAGAACGCUGCCGCUGUUGAGAAACGAUUAGAAGGUAUUCCAAUGAUGGUACAAGGUGUUUAUUCUGAUGAUCCUCAAGCUCAGCUAGAAGCCACAACUCAGUUUCGAAAGUUGUUAUCUAUAGAGCGUAGUCCUCCUAUUGAUGAAGUGAUUAAAGCUGGGGUUGUCCCACGUUUUGUUGAGUUUCUUGGAAGGCAAGACCAUCCGCAAUUGCAGUUUGAGGCUGCAUGGGCUUUGACCAAUGUUGCGUCAGGAACAUCAGAUCAUACUCGGGUUGUAAUUGAACAGGGGGCGGUUCCUAUCUUCGUUCAGCUUCUUAGUUCUGCUAGUGAUGACGUUCGAGAGCAGGCGGUGUGGGCCUUGGGCAAUGUUGCUGGGGACUCUCCAAACUGCAGGAAUCUUGUUCUCAACUAUGGGGCUCUUGAGCCAUUGCUGGCUCAAUUAAAUGAAAAUUCUAAGUUGUCCAUGCUAAGAAAUGCUACGUGGACCUUGUCCAACUUUUGUCGUGGUAAACCACCUACACCAUUUGAACAGGUGAAGCCUGCGUUGUCAGUUCUUCGGCAGCUUAUCUAUCUGAAUGAUGAAGAAGUUCUCACCGAUGCCUGCUGGGCUCUCUCCUACCUUUCAGAUGGCCCCAAUGAUAAGAUUCAGGCUGUGAUCCAGGCAGGUGUCUGUCCACGACUUGUGGAGCUUCUGAGUCAUCCAUCACCUACGGUUCUCAUUCCUGCCCUUCGAACUGUGGGGAACAUCGUAACUGGUGAUGACUCUCAGACACAGUUUAUAAUUGAUAGUGGUGUACUUCCGCACCUUUACAAUUUGCUUACGCAAAAUCACAAGAAAAGUAUUAAAAAAGAAGCUUGUUGGACUAUCUCGAAUAUUACUGCUGGAAAUAAAGUUCAAAUAGAGGCUAUGGUUGGUGCUGGAAUAAUCCUCCCUCUUGUGCACUUGCUCCAAACCGCUGAGUUCGAUAUAAAGAAGGAAGCUGCUUGGGCUAUUUCCAAUGCCACGUCAGGAGGGUCUCAUGAGCAGAUUCAAUAUUUGGUGACCCAAGGCUGCAUCAAGCCACUCUGUGAUCUUCUAAUCUGCCCUGAUCCGAGGAUUGUGACAGUGUGCCUCGAGGGGCUUGAAAACAUUCUUAAGGUUAGUGAGGCUGACAAGGAGAUGGGAUUAAACGAUGGGGUGAAUCUCUAUGCUCACAUAAUAGAAGAAUCUGAUGGGUUGGACAAAAUCGAAAACCUUCAAUCCCAUGAUAACAAUGAGAUAUAUGAGAAGGCCGUUAAGAUAUUGGAGAGAUAUUGGGCUGAAGAUGAGGAAGAGCAGAUUCUGCAGGAUGGCGGGAAUGAAAAUUCACAACAGACCUUCAAUUUUGGGACCAACCAGCCCGCUGCCCCCCCUGGCGGAUUCAAAUUUGGCUGAAAAGGUAUAGUACAAAUUGAAUUCCUUGGUUUGGGGAACAUGAGAUUCAACUUUUGCAACUGUUAUUGACAAUUGCCAGUUUCAAGUUCGAGUUUUUGAGUUCUGAUGCAAAAAGGUUUAUUUCUUCUGUUUUUUUGUUUUGUUGUUGUUGUCCUUAUUUGUCUGAAUCAAUCUCUGAUUCUGUAUCUUAAACUCUGGGAUGGAUUAUGUCUAGUGUGGUUACUGGUUUAGGAUAUGGUCACACUUUGUAUUUGUUACUUUUAUCUUUGUCGUUAUUAUUAGUUUUAUAACUUUUA